GUUGUGUCGUACCAUGUUAAAGGACCAUCAUGUGACGUCUCGACAGUCUUUUCACCAGCUUGCGCAAAAGAGACCAUUUCUUCCGUCUGCAGUAUGGCAUAAUGCAGUAAGAGGCAUGUUUAUUCAAACUCAGGACACACCAAAUCCAAAUAGUUUGAAGUUUAUUCCAGGGAAGGAAGUGCUGGAGUCGAGGACUAUGGAGUUUUCCACACCAGCUGCAGCGUUUUGCUCACCUUUGGCAAGACAAUUAUUCAAAAUUGAAGGAGUUAAAAGUGUUUUCUUUGGACCAGACUUCAUCACGAUCACCAAGGAGAGUGAAGACCUGGAUUGGAACUUGCUGAAGCCAGAUAUUUAUGCAACUAUAAUGGAUUUCUUUGCCUCUGGCUUACCUGUAGUUACUGACGAGGCACCUAGGACAGAUACAGCUGCAUCGGAAGAAGAUGAUGAAGUUGUACUGAUGAUUAAAGAACUGCUGGAUACAAGAAUAAGGCCGACAGUGCAAGAAGAUGGUGGUGAUGUUAUUUAUAAAGGCUUUGAGGAUGGGAUUGUGCAGCUGAAGUUGCAGGGUUCGUGCACCAGCUGUCCCAGUUCCAUCAUCACCCUGAAGAAUGGGAUACAGAACAUGCUCCAGUUCUACAUCCCUGAAGUAGAAGGCGUGGAACAGGUUGUGGAUGACGAUGAUGACGUGGAGAAAGAAGCAAAUUCUACUUGAGCUAGCAUCAUCUCUGGCCAAAUAAGUAUUUACCUCUUGGUGUAUGAACUGUCUGUGCUGAGGAACAACCAAAUUUGCCUUUCUUUUCAGAAAAAUAGUUGCACUUAUAUUGGUGAAAAUGUAUCAUCAGUUUAAGCAGUUUGUCCACUAAUUUAUUAAAUGCCCUGCAUUCAAA